UAUAGUACAACUCUGCCUCGCCGCUCGUCAGUCUGAACGGUGCUGCAUGGCAAGUCUCAAGGGCAAGGCAUGCAUUAGAGAGAGAUUCCCCAACGARUGCAAAGGAAAAGUAAAUACAUUGGAAUUAAACAGGGAUUUGUACAUGCUUGAUGAAUAAGAUAUACAGUAUCUGGGCUGGAAACCUUGGAAUUUAAGACUUUUUCUACCCAAGCUUUUUUUAUCUUGAGAGAGAACAACAGGUGUUCUCUAUCUCUCUGCGAAGCACGACCUUGCUGUGGUGACCCGUUCGUGGGUUUAUUUGGUCCCAGUCUCCCGGCAACAAGAGGAAUAACCCUAACAAACUGCUGUAUCAGAAAGACAAAUUUCAACACAAAGUGGGAGACAUUCUCUUGGCCCCUAGCCAGGAAUGGUGGAUAACUUCCUAGUGAGCGGCGAGGACACUUUUUUACCGUACGGUGGCUCCCCACCGGCAUACCGCCUGUUGGACAUGGUGACGGACGGGGGGACCUACCAUGUGAUGCCUUCGCCCUUCUCCGAGGAUGACCUGAGCGAGUCGUCCAGCCCUCGCUCCUGCUCCAGCCCCGACUCCCAAGUGCUCAGUUCCAGCUAUGGCAGCAGCUCCAGUGCCGAAAGUUCAGACAGCAUCCUGGACCUUCUGCUGUCCCAGACCUCCCUAGGCGGGGCAGGGACCGGGGCGGCCAUCCCCAUGUCACUGCCCACCUUUCUGUGGGACUCACAGAGGGACGYGCCAUCCCACCCCCACCCAGAGGCCUUGAAGGAGGAGAGCGUGGACUUCCCGGUCUGGUCCUUAGUGGACAUGGAGGAGCCRUCCUUCCAGCCCACCUUAGAGGAGAUAGAGGAGUUCCUGGAGGAGAACAUGGAGGUGGUGUCGUCCAUGAAGCAGGAGGCCCAGGAGGGGGCGCUGGGGCUGGGCCUGGAGGAGAUCUUAGGGCUGGGGGUGGGACUGGAGGUGUACAGGGAGUCCUCAUCCCCGGGGCCAAGGCUGGAGCCAGAGGCCAAGCAUUCAGACCAAACUGUGCCGACCGCAAAUGCUACCACCGUCACCGAGACCAAAAGCACAGCAGCCACAUCGUCACAGGAGUACAACGAAGGCCCGCACAAUGACGUGUUCAAGAGUGGUUCAUUAUCCAGCAGGCCAAGAUCAACACAGAGCUGUGCAAAUGGUGGCAGCGCUGGAAUGCCGGUCAUCCUGCAGAUCCAGCCCAUUCAGAUCAAACAGGAACCUGGUGCCACGGUUCCUCCUCCUCCUCCUCCCACAAUUGUCCAGCCUCCUCCUCAGUCGGCAUCAGACAUAAAAAUUGCCCAGCUGCUGGUCAACAUCCAGGGGCAUACCUUCGCCCUGGUGCCCCAGCUGCUUCCCUCCACCAGCCUCAACAUCUCCUCUAAGUUUGUGCGCAUCGCACCGGUGCCCAUCGCUGCCAAGCCCCUGGGCCUCGGUGAGGUGGCGGUCGGGGGCCAGGGCCAUGGGCUGCUGGUGGGGGGUCAGAAGUUCCAGAAGAACCCGGUGGCGGACCUUAUCAAAAUGCAUAAAUGCACUUUUCCCGGCUGCACCAAGAUGUACACCAAGAGCAGCCACCUGAAGGCCCACCUGAGGAGACACACGGGGGAGAAGCCCUUUGCCUGCACCUGGCCGGGCUGUGGAUGGAGAUUCUCACGGUCGGAUGAGCUGUCGCGGCACCGGCGGUCCCACUCAGGGGUCAAACCCUACCAGUGUCCCGUGUGUGAGAAGAAAUUUGCCCGCAGUGACCAUCUAUCAAAACACAUCAAAGUCCAUCGCUUUCCGCGAAACCGGACGCUGCGCACAGCAAACUGACCCCAUCCGGAUCACUCUUCAAUGGACAUAGACCAAGGGAGCACGGAAUGUGUGUGUGUGUGUGUGUGUGUGUGUGUGUGUGUGUGUGUGUGUGUGUGUGUGUGUGUGUG